AACUGUAUACUAAAUUUAACCCGCCUAUCAGAUCGUAUCAAGGCGUCCGUGCGUGAUCAGUCGCACGUUUAGUCAUUUUGCGCAUUUAGCGUAAAUGUUUAUUGUUAUCGGCGGUGUGGGGACCAAAACAAAGUCAUUUUGCCGUUAAAACGAUGGAUAUACACGUGUGAACCUUAGUAGAACGUGACUGCAGCGAGAGUUUGUGUAAUCAUGAACGAUCGGGUGCCUUUGAGAAGGGUCAACUCAGUUUUCCCUCCGUUCUCCGAAGUCAACGAACUCGACGAGCUCGACGAGCUCGACGGCGAUGGCGGUGAGAAUAGUUGCCAGUCUAUACUCCGCAAGCAUAAAUCACUUCCUCCACCGCGAAAAAAAAGUGUGCAGUUUGCGGAUGGCUGCGGGAAACCUCUCGUUUCUGUUUACAGCGACGAUGAGUACAACAUACACGUCGCUUUGCAAAUGACCAAACGUGAACUUCAGCGAGCGAAGAAAAUUUUGCAUGUUUGUUUUUCACAACCGGUUGCAUCAGAACAGUUCAGAGACAAGUUAGAGUUGCAGACGGUUUGUCUUGAAAACGCUGUGGCUUCACAAAACUCAAUCUGGGGAACGAUAAAGGUGAAAAACAUCUGUUAUCACAAACGUGUAACAAUUAGGUACACUUUAGAUAGUUGGAGUUCUUCUGCAGACUUGGAGGCGGUCUAUGUACCUGAAUCUAACGAUGGGGCAACAGACAGAUUUUCAUUUGCUAUAACGCUUCCUGAAUAUUUCCUCGCUUCUGGAGGAGCUUUAGAGUUUGCUGUUCGCUUUGAAGGCGAAGGAAUAGAGUUCUGGGACAAUAACAGUGGCCAAAACUACCGCAUUGAGUGCAUGGAGGACACGGGAUCUAACGGGGCAAAGUUCAAUAGAAUGGCGAACCUAUUUAGAAAUGGUUUUCGGCGGUAAACAAAGUAACCAGAACAAGAUAUUACAUCGAUAUUUCCGCAACCAACCAAGUGAAAAUAACAAAAGAGUUAGCACUAGUGAACGCUUAUUUCUGACUGAAUUUCUUUGUUUACUUCAAUUUACACCACGUUAAGACUUUUUCUGAAGGCCUCUUUUCAACUAUCGUUCAAUACCUUGAAGGCAACAUAGAAAACACUAAGAUGACGGUCACGUUUGCGAUAUUUAAAGUCCAGUUCAAAUAACGAAAGACUGAAGAUCAUCGUGUUUCAAUGUAUUGAAACUGAGCCUGGACAUUAAAUACUCUUGAGAAUUCUCACGCCUUCCAGCGCGGCGAUGUUUCCUCUGGAUUGGUUUUUUCACGUGAGUUUUAUUUUGAACAUAUGGUUUACUUGCUAUCUAAGCUAUUUGCAAGUUGUCGUUACGAUGGGUAAAACGAAGUCAGGAAAAUGAAACAUAACUUAUCAAUAUUGUCAAAAUGACUUGAAUUUGAAAUUAGCAAUCUCACAACGUGACAAAGUCACGCAAGACGUGAAUUUUUUUGACAAAUUUAUGUAAAAUUGUAUCAGAAAGUUUCAUUUCUUUCUUUACAGUGUUGCCUCUGGAAACCAUUUUCAAAGUUUAAUUUUUUUGACCAAGCAAACUUUGAUUUUCCUUUUAUCCUUGAUAAACCUCCCAUUAUCUUAUUUUAUGAUUUCAGUAUUUAAUAUUGUGUUUUCUAUGAUUUGUGAUAUUUUUUAGUCAUAACUUGUAAGAUGAUUUCUAUUUUGGUCCUUGGGAGAGCUUUCAGAGACAUAUAAAGGCUUUUUGCAGGCCCUUCCUUUUAUUUCUUCCUACAACUUUGAACAUAAUUCAUUUUAUGUCUUAUCUUAAAUUGUGGUUACAAAUAGCACUUGUUUGUGUUAAUUUUUUUAGCACAGAUCUGAUCUCUGUCUAUACAUUGUACUUUUUUUUAAGUAGAUUGCUCUCAGGGAGGUUGAAGCUUUGCUCUAGGAAUUGUUAUCUUUAAUACAUUACAGUUCCCAUUAAUCGGGGAGGAGUUCCCAGUAUUUUUCAAUUGAUUUCUUCAUUUAAUAAGAAAAAAAGUAGGCAUCAUGAAAUUGUAAAAUGAACUGUUUUUGCCACACCAUUUGAAUGAAUAGUUAAACUUAAGAGCAGUUAAACAAGACCAUUUAGGUAAAAAGUAUUUUUUUAAUUUGCUGGGAACUUAGAGGAGAAUAUUGUAAGUUACAAGUUAGUAUUUGCAAAUAUGUUCAGGGCUUUGCUCUAGCAGUGCCUGAUGGUCCCUAGCACCUUACUUUUGCUCUUGGGCGACUCAGGAAUCUUAGUUUUUUCAUAAAAAGCAUACGCUGGGCACCCGGGAUUUCACAGUUUCAGAGCACUGGGCUCCCCUCAAGUUUUCUUAGAGCACAGCCUUGAAAUAUAAUUGCUUCUGCAGAUUUUUGAUCAUAUGUACCUUUUACUAACCAAUUUCAUGGUCCACACUUUAAAUUACCAAGCACGUUUUUAAGCUUGAGUUUAUGGCCAAGUAUGAAGCUUGUAUGCCAUAAAUCAGAGCAAAAAAAAUUGAGUUUAGUAACUUACAGUACGGACUGAGAAAAUGAGGUUAGGAAGACAUCUGUUAAAUUUCUGGGUUCAAAUAGAGAGAGAAGAUUUCAAUCCAAACACACUAUUGAAUAUAAGAAGUCUGUAGAGGAAAGGCAAUAACUAGUCCAUUUCACCAUAACAUACACUCAGUUUCAUAAACAUUGACACCUAACAAAGCAUAUACGAAACAGUGAGACUCAAAAGUUUCUGUGUAGUGUCCAUAUAUCUACACAAACGGUGAUUUACUUCUAAAUCUUUUUCAUGUCAUAUAUUUGACAAGAUAAUUCUUUUCAUUCAGGAAGUGGAUAGCUUUGAUUAUUCCCCACAUACAGCUGUGGUAAUAAUGUACAAAAUAAUCAUAUGCAUGCCCAUAGGGCCUUAUGGUCUAGUUAUUCAGGGCUGUGGAAGGUGUCAAGGUUUUUUCAACUGAGUGUUUCACUUCAAUCCAAUUUCAAAUCAUGGCAGAUUUUGUAGCCAUCUUAUAUGAAUCGUUUGCAUUCUAAAGGCUCCUGUCAGAGAGAGAGAGAGGUGUAUAAAUUCGAUGGAUAAAUGUUGUAAGGUUAGGAUAUGGAUAGCUUUGAUUAUUCCCCACAUACAACUGUGGCAAUAACUUACAAAAUAACCAUAUACUCAUAGUGCCUUAUGGUCUCAUUAUUUGGGGCUGUGUAAGGUGUCAAGGUUUUUGCAACUGAGUGUUUCACUUCGAUCCACUUUCAAACCAUGACAGACUUUGUAGCCAUCUUAAACAAAUCGUGCGCAUUCUUGAGGCUCCUGUUAGAGAGAGAGGUGUAUAAAUUUGACCGAUAAAUUUUGUAAAUUUGCUCAAGUUUCAGUGUAGGUAGAGUCAUUAAUUUUGAAAAGAGUUGGUGAACUCAGUAUUCAUCUAAAGAUAAAAUAAACAAUUUUUAUUAGAAGAGAAAAAUCCCAUCUGGAAACUUGAUUUUUCUCUUCUAUUAAGAACUCAGUAUUGUUAUGUUAACUAGUGUGUUAACUUAACAAAUGUACAGCUGAAUACCAGUAGACCAUAUGAUGUUCUGUAAUAUAUGAGACAUCUUUCAAGUAGCAUUGGAUGAUGUAUUAAGAAAAUAUGCUUUGAAAAUAUUGUUAAAUGAACAAAUAAAAGUAUUGGAAAGUGGU